AUGACACCUGCAAUGGGUCUCUGGGCCAUUUUUGAAACUGCCUGCUACCCGGUCGCCCAAGUCCUGCUCCUGUGCUUGGUCGGCGCAGUCCUAGCUAGUCGCCGAGUCAACAAGUUCUCUCCCGACGCUAGGAAACACUUGAACCACAUGGUCUUUCUAGUCUUCACGCCCGCGCUCGUAUUCGUCAACCUAGGGCCGGCCGCCACGAUCGCAGCACUCUGGCAGUGGUGGUUCCUCCCUUUUAGCGUCCUGAUAAACACAAUCCUUGGGGCCUGUCUAGGUUACUUAGUUGUGGCCUUGACCAAACCGCCGCCGCACCUAGUUAGGCUGACAGUCGCUUGCUGCGCAGUUGGGAACAUGAGCAACCUUCCGCUGGUGCUCAUCGGAGCCAUCUGCUCGAACUCAGGCGCCGUCUUUGGGCCCGAAUGCUCUUCGCAGGGACUGGCGUACUCGUCCUACGGAAUGGUGAUGGGAGUCAUUGCAAUGUGGGUCUUCGCUUACCCAUACCUCGAGCCCCCCCAUGAGACUGAUGAGCUGCUCAACAGUCUAUGCCACCAUAGAUUUGAGAGCAAUGAUGACAGGGGUCUUUCACCGGGACUACAAGCAACGAGGGAUGUUGUAAACUCCAGUACGGAGCCAUUCGCCGAUGAGCGCAUUCGGGGUGGGCCGAAAUGUUGGGAGUGGCAGAGUUUCUUAGGGCGUCAAAGGUGGGAUAGGAUAAUCACCCCUCCGGUUAGCGGAGUGAUCUGUGCAAUCCUAGUGGGUGCAAUCAGCCCCCUCAAGAGCGCACUUUUCGGGCCGAAUGCACGAUUCAAGCUGCUGACGGACGUCAUUGUGAACUUAGCAGCCGCGAUGACUCCGUGCAUGAUGCUGGUGUUGGGGGGGAACAUAGCGGAGGGCCCCAGAGCGUCAGCGUUGAAGGCUCAGACUAUUCUGGGCAUUGGUUGUGUCCGGCUGAUUGUCCUGCCGGUACUAGGCAUUGGAGUUCUGAAGUGCGCAGAUGCGCUGUCGCUGCUCCCUCCGAACGACCCCCUCUUCCGGUUUGUGGUGCUCUUGCUAUCCGCUAUGCCAACCACACACAACAUUGGCAUAGCCGCAACGAUGCACGGGACCCGGGAGCUGGAGACAUCGGCGCUUCUCUUUUGGUCCUAUCUUGCCUCCACGUUGACCAUACCUGUAUUCAUGAUGCUGUUUUUGUACUAUCUCCUUUGAAAGCCAGACUCCCAAUCCAAGCAUGCAAGCACCGAUCGCCACACAUAGGCUCUGAAUCAGCCGCCUGAAACAGCUCCGGCCAAUGAUCAGUUGCCAUAAGUAAACAAACUUAUGGCACGGGUUGCAAGUCACUGACCACAGUCUGCAUGGCCAUGAUCGAGAUCAGGCUCUGCGCACAUGCUCAGUAUACUUCUGUAGAACUCCUCUUGAACGCUGAUUAGUCAGUGUACUUUUAUGAUAGGUUAGCAGGCUUGGAUAAAACGCCCUGCAUGCUUCACGCCAGACUUUGAUUUCGAGUUGUUCAAAAUGUCCUGGCC